AUGGAUGAAGAGGUGGAAGUUCGUGUGUUGUUUUUUGGCAAAGCUCGUGAACUCAUGGAUCGAGAAGAGAUAAAGGCACGACUUCCGCGAGUACUGCCGUAUGAGAAACUUCGGGAGCUAAUUUUCACCGAGCUUUUCGGAGUUUUGGAAUGCAUCUCAGCGUCAUGCGUACUGGCUGUGGAUCUCAGGUAAGU